AACUUUGAUGAAACUUGAGGAAUUCCGUGAUAAAACUGCAACAGGUUUGAUGUACAUUAUUGAGACACAGAAGGUCCUGGACUUGAAAGUUAACCUUAUGGCUUCUUAUAUUAUUGUUCCACAAAAUGGUUUUUAUGACAAAUUUGCCAACUUACUAGUUCUUGAUCUUGGUAAUUUAAAGAUGGUCAGUAAAAGUCGUGCAAAUAUGCCACAAAUCACAGCUGGAGAAAGCACAUUGGAGGAUAUCAUGGCCAGAGCCUAUGACUGUUUUGAUGUACAGCUGAGUAGUGUUCAACUUCUCUAUGCUGCACCAGGUAUGUAUUUGCUUAAAUGUACUGGAUAAAGACUGCAAAAUUGUUAUCUAAUUAUUUUUGUA